CUGCCACAAUAACAACAAAGAAGAAUCUAGGGCCGGCCGUCAUCAUCGUAUUCACACACACUCAGAGCUCUCUUAGCACCUUGGCUCAUAUCAAUGGCCAACAAAAACUCUUUCCCUCUCUAUGAGAAACACCGGUACAAGUACACUUAUAAAAGGGUAACGGAGAGCUUGCUUUUGAUCCUUCUCUUGUUGCUGCUUGGUUACCGCGUUAUCUCUGUCAACAACUACUCAUUCCCUUGGUUUGUUGCUUUUGUCUGCGAAUCAUGGUUCACCAUCUCUUGGUUUUUCACCCUCUCCACUCAGUGGAGUCCAGCACUAAUCAAAACCUACCCAGAACGUCUCUUACAAAGUGUGCAGGAGCUUCCACGAGUGGAUAUGUUUGUGACAACAGCGGAUCCUGUGCUUGAACCACCUAUUAUCACAGUGAACACUGUGUUGUCUCUGUUGGCACUUGAUUACCCACCUCACAAGCUUGCAUGUUAUGUCUCUGACGAUGGUUGUUCCCCUCUUACCUUCUACGCUCUUCAAGAAGCCUCCAAAUUUGCAAAGUUUUGGGUACCAUUCUGCAAGAAACACAAUGUGCAAGUUAGAACUCCGUUCAGAUACUUCUCUGCCAAACCAGAAGUCUCCACAGCCAGCAACACACCAGAGUUCAUACAUGAAUGGUUACAGAUGAAGAAUAUGUAUGAUGAUCUUAGCCAAAAAAUAGAAUUGGAAGCAUCCCAAAAAUCAAAUUCAAGUCAUGGAAACUUUGCUGUUUUUUCAAACACUGAGAGGACAAAUCAUCCAUCCAUAAUCAAGGUUAUAUGGGAGAACAAAGAAGACCUUGAAGAUGGGUUACCUCAUUUGAUCUAUAUAUCUAGAGAGAAGAGGCCAAAACAUUCUCAUCAUUUCAAAGCUGGUGCCAUGAAUGUAUUGACAAGAGUCUCUGAGUUGAUAACCAAUGCUCCCUUUAUGCUGAACGUGGACUGUGACAUGAUUGUUAAUAAUCCAAAGAUUGUUCAUCAUGCAUUGUGCAUUUUACUUGAUCCCAAAGGACAAAAAGAAGUUGCAUUUGCUCAAUUUCCCCAACAAUUCUACGCUACAUUGAAGGACGAUCCUUUUGGAAACCAGAUGACAAUUUUGAUUAAGUACUUGGCAGCUGGAUUAGCUGGGCUGCAAGGGCCUUUCUACGCAGGAACAAACUGCUUCCAUAGAAGAAAAGUUAUAUAUGGUCUUUCUCCAGAUGACCUUGACAAGGGAAACAGCAUAUCAGAAAAGGAAUUAAAACAAAAAUUUGGAGCUUCAAAAGAGCUUAUGAAGUCAGUUGCUUGUGCAUUGGAAGGAAGGACAUAUUCACCAAAUGCUGUUAAUAUUGUAAACGUUAUUGAGGCAGCAAGCCAAGUUGCUGGUUGUGGAUAUGAAUAUGGCACAGGAUGGGGCAAACAGGUGGGUUGGAUAUAUGGAUCCCUAACAGAGGACGUGCUUACUGGACUGACAAUCCAUGAAAGAGGUUGGAGAUCAGAAAUGUGUACACCAAACCCAAUUGCCUUCACGGGCUUUGCUCCAGGAGGUGGCCCAACUACGAUGGCCCAACAGAAGAGAUGGGCCACAGGGGUGCUGGAGAUCUUUGUAAGCAAGCACUGUCCUAUUUUUGGCACCCUUUUUCAUAAGCUUACUUUGAGACAGUGCAUAGCAUAUAUGUGGAUUCACAAUUGGGGACUGCUACCAGCGUUUGAAGUAUGUUAUGCAUGUCUUCUUGCACACUGCAUCAUCACCAAUUCCAAUUUAUUGCCACAGGGCCUUGGAAUGUGUAUUCCAGUUGCUAUUCUUGUAAUUUACAAGGUAUACACUGUAUCAGUGUAUUUAGCAGAAGGGUUAUCAAUAAAAGCAUGGUGGAAUAAUCAAAGGAUGUCAAGAAUAACACCCAUGAAUGCUGGUUUCUGUGCUUUUCUGAGUGUCCUACUUAAGAUUUUAAGAAUGUCUGAAACUGUGUUUGACGUAACAAAGAAAGAUUUACCUCCAACAAAUGAUGUUGGAGAUGACAAGGAUGGUGGCAGGUACACCUUCGAUGAAUCCCUAGUUUUCUUGCCAGGCACUACCAUUUUGCUGUUGCAUUUGUCAUCAAUAACUAUCAGGUUAUUAGGAACGCGACCAGUGGUGGCAAUUCAAAGCAAGAACGAGUGUGGAAUUGGUGAGAUUUUUUGUAGUGUUUAUUUGAUUAUUUGUUAUUGGCCAUUUCUGAGGGGAUUAUUUGAGACAGGAAAAUAUAGGAUUCCCUUGUCUACAAUAUACAAAUCAAUUGUCUUAACAGGUCUCUUUGUACACCUUUCUAGAAAAACUGUUGCUGCUUGAUCAGGUUUAGAAACUAUGGAAAAAAUAAUGAAUAUGGUGAAUAUGAGUAAA